GCUGCCUGGCUCAGUCCCACCCAAGACACACACCAUGAAGUACUUUGCUAUCUGCGCUCUACUAAUACUCUCGCUGGUCAGCGGCGGCGUAGUGCCCCAGCCCAGGAACUUCGUAUAUGAGAUCCACCAUCUGCCUUCCCCAUCUGAUCUGAGCGCCAUUGUCGAGCAGGUUCAGACCGUAGUGCAGAACUUGGUCCGGGAUAAUGCUGAUCAGAUUCCGGAUAUGUCCGUUAAGGCUGAUGCCGGGUUUCUGCCCCAUAUUUCCAUGCUCACCGACGCUGACGAAACAACCAAGCGGACUUAUUUUGGUCUGAAGAAGGCCCCGAGUGCCAAGUUUGUUGGAGCAGCUGGCAGUGCCGAUGCUGAUCUGAUUCCCGACAUUUCCGUUGUUUCCAAUGCCGAUGACACCCCCAAGGAGGCCAUCGCUGGAGUGAAGACUCUUCCUAAGCUCGCAAAGGUUUCCGGUGCCGAGCCUGUGGAGCCUCAGGCCGAUGCUGAUUUGAUCCCAGACAUCUCCGUGGCCUCCGAUGCCGAUGACACUCCCAAGAAGGCCAUCGCUGGACUGAAGACUCUUCCUAAGCUCGCAAAGGCUUCCGGAGCCGAGCCUGUGGAGCCUCAGGCCGAUGCUGAUUUGAUCCCAGACAUCUCCGUGGCCUCCGAUGCCGAUGACACCCCCAAGAAGGCCAUCGCUGGACUGAAGACUCUUCCUAAGCUCGCAAAGGCUUCCGGAGCCGAGCCUGUGGAGCCUCAGGCCGAUGCUGAUUUGAUCCCAGACAUCUCCGUGGCCUCCGAUGCCGAUGACACUCCCAAGAAGGCCAUCGCUGGACUGAAGACUCUUCCUAAGCUCGCAAAGGUUUCCGGUGCCGAGCCUGUGGAGCCUCAGGCCGAUGCUGAUUUGAUCCCAGACAUCUCCGUGGCCUCCGAUGCCGAUGACACCCCCAAGAAGGCCAUCGCUGGACUGAAGACUCUUCCUAAGCUCGCAAAGGUUUCCGGAGCCGAGCCUGUGGAGCCUCAGGCCGAUGCUGAUUUGAUCCCAGACAUCUCCGUGGCCUCUGAUGCCGAUGACACCCCCAAGUCGGCUAUGGCUGCUUACUUGAAGUCUCGUCCCCAGGUUCCUGAUUUGUAUGGUGCCCAUAGUGCUGCCAGCGCAGAUGUGGACCAGGUCCCCGACAUGUCCGUGGCCAGCGAUGCUGACUUUAAUCCCAAGGCCUUAAUUUCCGAACUAAUGGCCAAGCUUCUCCAGAAGAAGCUCCACUAAAUGACAUCAGAUUCUGGUUAAACUUUAAAAAAUCGAUAGCUAUCUCUCUGGUUGUGUGUAUUUGUGUUCAUAAGUUUUAUGAUUGCCAUUAAUCAAUUCGAGCAGCACAGAA